AGGGGCUAAGUCUAAUCUCAUAUUCCUUCUGCUUUUGCUUCUGCACGGUGUGUAGACUUACCUUCACAAAUCCACAAUGAGCCAAAUAUUGGGCGCCAAGCUUGGAAAGUGUAAUGUUGGGAGUCCUUGUGGCACUAAGAACUUUAGCAGCUGCUCAACCGGUGGUGGGUAUGGAGGUGGAAAAGUCAGCUUCACUUCGUCUUCAGUUAUACGAUCUGGAAGUAAACCUGCAUACUCCGCUAGUGGCAGAUUUGGUUCAUCUAGCCUUUUCAACUUUGGCGGGAACAAAAGGAUAAGCACUGGAAGCAACAGAGGAGUAAUCAUUGGUGGUAAAAGCUAUAGCAGCUUUUGUGAAAGUUUCCCUGUUUGCCCACCAGGAGGUAUCCAAAAUGUUACAGUCAACAAAUUACUGCUCCAACCAGUCAACGCAGAUAUUGAUCCAAAUGCCCAAAGAAUCAAAACAGAAGAACGAGAGCAGAUGAAAUCUCUAAACAAUAAGUUUGCAUGCUUCAUAGACAAGGUUAGAUUCCUUGAACAGCAAAAUCAAAUUCUGGAAACAAAAUGGAAUAUUUUGAAAGAACAAAAUCAAAAGAUGGAAGCCAGGAAAGAAUUUUAUGACAGAGAAUAUCAAUCUAUGUUUGAUGCGUACAUUAGCAGUCUUCAAAGGCAAAUUGAUAAUUCCAAAACUGAAAAAUGCCGCCUGGAAGGUGACCUAAGUAGCAUGCAAAAUGUUGUGGAGGACUUUAAGUGCAAAUAUGAAGAAGAGAUUAAUAAAAGAACAUGUGCUGAAAAUGAGUUUGUAACCUUGAAGAAGGAUGUAGAUGAUGUUUAUUUGCAAAAAGUUGUUUGUGAGACCAAACAAGAAGCCUUGGAGAAUGAGGUCGACUUCCUAAGGGCCCUCUUUGAUGAGGAAGUGGCUGAAAUGCAAGAACGAAGUUCUGAUACAAAUGUUGUCUUGUCUAUGGACAACAACCGUAAUUUGGACUUGGGUGAACUAAUUGCUGAAAUGAAGUCUCAAUAUGAGGAAAUUGCAGCAAAAAGUAAAGCUGAGGCCGAAGCUGCCUACGCUAGACAAUAUCAACAGCUGAAAGAUGCAGCUGGACAACAUGUAGAUAGUCUACGAGACAGCAAGACUGAGAUCCAAGAACUGAGCAGCUUGGUCAAGAGAAUUAAAGGUGAAAUUGACUGUGUGAAAAAGCAGAUAUCCAGCUUAGAGACUGCAAUUUGUAAAGCAGAAGACCGUGGAGAACUUGCUUUGAAAGAUGCCAAAGUCAAACUAUGUGAAUUGGAGGCUGCUCUACAGAAAGCCAAAGAAGAUUUAGCUUGUCAGCUCCGUGACUACCAGGCACUUCUCAGUGUAAAAAUGACUCUAGAUGCUGAGAUAGGCACUUACCGAACUCUAUUAGAAGGGGAGGAGAGCAGAAUACAUGGAGAAGUUGACAACAAAGUUAAGAUGUGUGUCUUCAACGCCACUGGAAAAGUUGGCAGUUCUGUGGUAUCUGACUGCGCUCCAUGUAAUGUCAAAACUCCUGUGAUCAAAGUAACAGGAGCCCAAAGUGGAAAGACAAUAUACUCCACUGUGACCUCAUCUCAGAGUACCUCCAGGAAGCAGUACUGAUCACAACUUGAGAUAUUAGGAAGACGUAUUAUAAGUGAAACCAGUCUGUGCUGUUGUUCCAUUAGUGUAUAAAGCUGGGCAUAACAAUUUCUUCUUCUUGAUGCAUGCUUACUGCAUGCAGAUUCUAUAUAUAGAUGUCUAGUGUUUUAAAGUCAUCUUAACAAAUGAAUGCAAACUUCAUUGACUAGAACCUUGGCAUCAAUAGCUGAUUAUCUAUAUUGCAUAGUUUCUAUUCUCUCUUCCUACUAAAACUACUACUUUGGCCUUUGUCGCUAUCACUGCAUUACCGCAAGACUGUAUCUUAUCCUUCAAUAAAGAGCAUGUUAAACUCA